AGUGGAAUCAGGGACUCUGCUUUAUAUGUACACUCGGGGAUCGCCACCAUACACACUUGCACAAAUACUGCAAACCAGUCUCCUGGUCUGACUAGAUAUCCACAAAUUUCUCUCCAGCUUUUCCAUACCUCUUUGGACCAUGCUUCCUGAAUAUGUGUAUGUGAGACCACAGCAUGCAUUCGGUCCAGACAGGGCUGUGGAACCCCCGGCCCCCAUUUAAACAUGUCUUCCCCAUCCCUGCCCCGCCCCCUUCCAACUCGCGCCCCGCUCACGUGAGCUCAACCACCCCAGCCAAACGGAUCACAUUCUACAAAAGUGGUGACAGCCAGUUUGGGGGCGUCAGGAUGGCCAUCCACAAGCGCAGCUUCAAAUGCUUUGACGCCCUGCUGGACGACCUUUCUCAAAAGGUGCCGCUGCCAUUUGGUGUGCGGACUGUGACCACCCCUCGUGGCACUCACACUAUCAAACACCUGGAGCAGCUCCAGGAUGGUGGCUGCUACCUCUGCUCUGACCGACGCCAGGCGAAGCCAGUAAACAUGGAGCUGGUCAACAAACACUCAGGCAUCUGGUACCAUCACAACCGGAGGCCCCAGAGGCCUGAAACGUCAUCCGCAACACCACCUGGCCAUUUGCAUAUGCCUUACAGACAGCGACGGAUCUUGCUGGUGAAGAACAGCGAACCGGGGAUGAGGAGGAGCGUGGUCCUGAGCAGAAGGACAGCCAGGAGCCUGAGAGCCUUUUUAGAUGAGGUGUCCGAAGUGAUGCAGUUUCAUGUCCGCAAGAUCUACACUGUAGAGGGACGCAGGAUUGACAGCGUUCAAAGCCUGAUGACUUGUCCAGGUGUUCUGGUAUGUGUUGGCCGGGAAGCCUUCAGCCCCUUGCUGAUAAACUUUAUUAGGAAAACUUCAGAAGAGAAACUCCCUGGUCUGGGUCCCCGGACUCCUGGAAAUGGGGCACGAUCCCCUGCUACUCAAGGAAUAAGGUCCCCACCUCAUGGAGCUCAAUCCAGAGCCAGUGAGUACAGCGAAGGAAAUGAAAGCAAGAAAAAUGUUAACUUUGGUCUGGAAACCAAAAAGAGCAUCAUUCACCCUCGUUCUGAUUCCUCAAACCGCUCGGCACGUUUCUCUUUUUCCUCUGAAAAGUCAUAUGGCAAUGGUGUCACUGCAUGCCCCCAGGGAAAGCCAGCCAUUAUGAAUGAUGACAUUGAAAAGCGUGUUCUGGUAAAUAAAGAUGGCAGCCUCUCGGUGGAGAUGAGGGUGCGUUUUCACCUCCAGAAUGACGAGACCCUCCAGUGGUCCACUCAAAUUAAAAAAUCUCCAUCUCUGAGCAAUGAAUGUUGCCCUCUAAGUCAGGCUCAGCCUCAUUAUCUCCAGCAGGGCCAGUCAGAAAGUUGUUCUGACCCUGAUUCAACAUCCUUUGAUCAGUACGGUGUGGACUAUUCCAGCCAGCCGCUGCAGUGCGAGUUGGAAGGGAACCGCUGCCCGUGUUGCCAUCAGAGGCAUGAACAGCAUUACGACUUAUGGGAAAACCCUGCACACAGCCAUAAAUCAGCUCCUGUUCCACCCCCACAUGCACCCAGCCACACCCACAGUAUGAUGAGACAUACGCACUCUUCUAGCUCUUCCUCAUCGUGCAAUUCAAGAAGGGUGGUGCGCUGCAGAGCACGGCUCUCCAGCUGCGGGGGUGGCUCAGGUUCAGAGCAGAGCAAACUGGUCCAGGAGGAAAUGUGUGUAACCGAGCAGGUUGAGCACAGAUUAGAGGUAGAGCAGGAUGGGGACACCCAUAUUGAGGUACACAAGGUGAGCCGGUGUUGCAGUCGAAGUGAAGUGGUUGUCGCGGACAGUAACCUUCAACCACUCAGAAGAAAGUCAGCUGAAGACGAAGAAGAUCGCCCGCCAUCAGCAGUCAGCAGCUCCUCACAUGUCCUUCAGUCGUUGAAAGAGGAUGAAGAUGAUGAGGACGAUGAUCUGCCACCAAGCAUCUCACGGUGUUACCAUAGCAAUGAACCGUCCCCAACCCCUGAAACUCAACUGCACGAAAAGCCAAUAAAUGACGUCUCAGCCAAUUCUUUCCACUCUACCAAACACAAGGAGCAGGAAGAGCUAGGAAGCAGGGCAGUGUCUGCAGCCUCUUCCUGUCUCUGUGGAGGAGCUGCCGCUUGCUCAGCUGGCCCAGAUGAGGUAGAUCAAGUCCCUUGCAACACAUCUAAAAUAAGCGUAACCAGGAUGUCAGAAUCAGAGGAAGGAGGGGCCUGUGAUGAUGAUGAAGGGAUAAAGAGGGCUGUAAGUGACUUGUCAAAUCACACAGGACUCUCAGCAAGCUCUCAAAAGUCAGCGACUUCCAGCGUGUGUCCAAAUUGCGGGGGCUGCAAACGCAAGGUCGAUUCUGUUUCCGGUGGCAGGGAAUUACAGAGAACCAAUCGUUCCAACCAAGCCUCUCCCCUUCCUAACAGUGAUGAUGCUGCCUCAGAUGUUUCUACCCAAUCCAACAAAACCAACCUCACCAAAAAUGGACGCCUCUCUGCCACACCAAAUAUCUUGGAGGGCAAAGUAUCCAGUGCCAUGUCUAGAACAUCCAGUCCUCAGGCAACACAAAAAGAGAAAGAAAGGGCUCCCAGUGCUACUUCAGCUACAAGCCACAGGUCCAAUAGAUCACACAACUCUGGCUGUAAGGGCAGCACUGAUAUUCGUGCAAAAAAAGAGGACAAGAGAAGCUUCAGCGUAGUGUCAAAUCAGUCUGCAAAGUCCAGCAAGUCUGAACACACAAGUGAAGCUCCUGAUAUCAGUUCAAGGGAGACAGCAGUCAGCGAGAACACUGUAGAAAGAGCAGUCAGCUCCUUGUCAGCCAAAUCUUGUGUUUCAGCUCAGACUGAUGCAUCAGUCAAGUCUCGUAACUCCACCUGUCAGUCAGGAGCUAAAGGCACAUCCCAAAGUGACAAUCCAGCUGUAGAAGAGCAUGACCCAAACAACAGAGCUCCCAGUAGCCUCUCUGUGAAGUCAAAUGUGUCUGCAAAGGCUGAAAAGGCUGAAAGACCUGAUAGUGCUAGAUCAAAAAACUCAAAUAUUUCUGUAAAGUCCAGCAUAUCUCAGAGGUCGACUUGCAGUAACUGUGUAAAAGCGACAGGAGUUGAAGCUACCAUAAAGGUAACUGGAAAAGGAACAGAAACAGAGGUAGAGGAAAGACCAACAAGUGCAAUGUCAUCAAAGUCCAACCUGUCUGCAAAGUCUAUUAAAUCCCAUAAGUCCACUAAAGCCUCAGAGCCUGGGGGAGAGGGAGAAGAAAGGGCACCAAGUCAAAUGUCUGGCACGUCAGUUAAAUCGAACAAGUCUGCUAAGUCUACAAAGUCAUUCAGGUCUAAAUGUGAUGGCAAUGAAAUGGUGACAUGUUCAAGCUCAAAGACAGCAGAUGAAGCUGAAGAAAAAAAGAACAAUCUUAAACUGGUAAAUAAUGAGAGGACACCCAGUGCAGAGUCCUCCAAAUCUCAUGAAUCUGACAGUAAUCAAAACACAGAAUCAGACUCCGAAAUAGUACACAAAACAGAAAAAGCUGAGAAGCGAACUGCUAGUAUUUUAUCCCAUAAGUCAGCUUCCUCUGCAAAGUCUCACAGUACAAAGAUAGAGGGAGAUGACAUGGUGGACAGAGCCCCUAGUGCCAAGUCCUCCAAGUCCCAGAAGUCAAAUCACACAACUGCAUCUCCAGUUCCAAGUGAAGCUAAAGAAAAUCAGGAGAGGGUGGAAAGUGUCAUGUCUGCCAAGUCAAAAUCUUCAGUAAGGUCCAACAUUUCUCAUAAAUCAAAUUCAAGUGCAAAUGUUGUCACCAUUAAAACGCCUACAGUUGAUGACGAGGAAAAUGUGACGAAUGAGAGAGCACCAAGUGCUGCAUCAGGAAGAUCAAAUGUUUCAUCUACAGUGUCUCAAAAGUCAAAUUGUAAUGGAAAAACGGAUAUUUCUAUUAUUGAAACAGCGGAUGGAGACAAAAAGGUAACAAAUGAGAGUGCACCAAAAAUUAAAUCUAAUGUCCAAACUCUCUCACCUAAGCGAACACGUUCACCGCGGAUGCGCUCUCCCGAUGCUUCAGCCGCAUCCACCAAAAGUUGUAAGUCUCCUGUGCAGCAGUUGUUGAAUGGCUCUGAUGCUGGAGACACAAGAGGGCCCAGUGUCUUGUCAGUUCACUCCGCGGGCUCUGCUAAAUCUGGCAAAUCCAGAUGCUGCUGUGGAGCCACUUCAGAAUUUGAUGAGGCAAAGACGGAAAAGGAGAACAAGGAUAAAGAGGUGAAGCUCAAGGUGAAAAGUGAGAAUGUUUCUGAGCGAGCAGGCAGCGCAGUGUCAUCAGGAGGCACAGACCAUCCUUUGAGUCAGAACUCAACAGAAUCGGUCUCUCUUGGGUUACCUGAAGAAACAUCUGCCUCAGACAGUGGGAAGUCUAGCGUCUGUGUUCACAGAAGUGCUGAGAGCAAUGACGAGGGCCAGGCAAAGACCUCAACUCCCAGUGUCCCAAAAAGCCCAAAGGUUUCCACCAUGAAGGAGGAUGUGGAGAUAACGGGGUCCACCGUUUCUCAAAAAUCCAACAGUACUGGCAGGAGGAGGGGUUCAGCAGUGGAUAUCCCAACUAUUGAAACUCCAUCAGGUGAAGAAAAUGGAUUGCAAAAGACAGAAAAAGCAGCAAGUACAAUUUCAGUCAGAAGCAGCAGGUCUAACAAGUCUUCUAAAGAAAAACAUGCUAAUGCUAGCUCGACCAAACUUGGAAAUGGCAGUGAAACAGAAAAUGUGAAGUCUGCUCCGGUGACAAAUGGUAGCAACAGCAGGAACUCAUCUGCAAUGUCAUUAGCAGGUGCGAAAGUCCAGAUAAAAUCCUCUGCAAACACAACAGCAAAAACAGUUCCUGGAAACUCAGAAAAUAAUGGCACGGAAAAUCAAAAAAACCCUAGAGCAGCUAGUGAGGCCAAACAGGAAGAAGACACUGCAUACAGUAAAGUAAUCUCCUCCCAAAGUCCCUGUUGCCUCAGGGCUGAGUCAGCAGAUUUAGCUUCAGAUCAGAGUAAAGAAAAAGAUCAGGUCGAAUGUAAGUCCAGAUUUAGCACAGGGAGCGAUUGUGGUAGUGUCAAAAUGGCCAGCUCUCUGAAGAAAGGAACCCCUAUCAAGUCCUCAAGCCCCUGUCCCUUACACAGCAAAGUAGAGACAUGCAGUGAAAGCACUUUGUCUCAAUCUCUGUCUGCUGCUGACUUGCUAAAGGAAACAAUGGCUGCAGCACGCCCAUGCAGCCGACAAUCUAAAGCCAGUAAGUCCAGUGACAAGUCCAAGAGCAAGAAAAGUGGAAUGUGUCAAAGACGCAGCAAUCAGAUGGAUAAAAGAGAGGAACUGACACCUGCCUGUUUGCCCAACACGUCCCCCAGUGAGGUUGUUAGUGACUGGCUGCGAAGUAUUCCUGCUAACAGCAGCAUGCUAGCACUUGGCGAUGAGUUUAAUGAGGAAGAGCUGACGCCAAAGGAAAUGGAAGAGAUGCCUGGAGGAGAGUUAGCACAGGAGAGUCCUGAAGGUGAGAAGUUAGAAUUGGAGGAAAAAGGUGACCCUGAAGAGGAUGAAGAGAAAGAAGAUGGAGCUAAAUGUGAGAUAGCACAGGAGGAGAAGGGCUCAGAUCCAACUUCAGGAGAUGCAGAGGGGACUUCUGGUCGCCCUAGUGCUCUACUAUUACAAAGUGAGGCUCUGCCUAGAAGCUGGCAGUCUUCUGCAGCUGUGAUGAAAGUUCUUCUAAGUUCUUCUCUGGGUCGAUGUAGGAGUAUGCCCGAGGUAAGCCAGUUACUUUUUUGUGACAGAAAAUUAUUCUGCUAUACAGAUUUGGACUGUUUGGCCCAGCUCCAGCUCAUUGAGCCUUCAUUGGGCCCUGGCUGUGAUGUACAGAAGGGUCGCAGCCAGCAGUAUGAAGACAUAAUGGCUAUCCUUCAUUCCCUGUGGCUCACUGAGCCUGGGAACAUCCAAGCCAAGGAGACAAAGGAGAACAAGAACAGUAGCCCAGAGCAGGUGACACCACCAAGGUCCUCAUCUGGGGUGGAUAUGAGCAGUGGCUCUGCAGGUUCAGGGAAGGAAAAUGGCAAUCAAGGAGAAGAUGAGACACCUCCAAAAGAGAGAGAAUCUCUACAAGCACACGAGGUAGCAGAGAACAUUGUAGAAGAGGAGGAAGAGGGAAAUGAAAUGGCAGGAGAUACAGAUAUUGAGACAGAACACAAGGAAACAUUCACAGACCAAGCUAAGGCAGACACAGCAGAGGAACCAGUGCAAAGUGAAGAAGCUCCUCAAAAAAGCGAAAGCUCCAAACCCUCAGAGUCAUCAGACAAGACCUCUGCCAAAGACAGUUCCAAAUCUCCCACCGAUAAUGAGCACGAGACAUUGGAAGACUCUAGUACAGGCACACCCCCAACUGUUCUUCGAGCAUCUUUGGCCAAAAGACCAUCCCAAGACCCUGACCCAGUGUGGGUACUUCACCUUCUGAAGAAGCUUGAAAAACAGUUUAUGGUCCACUACAUUAAUGCAGUGGCAGAGUUCAAAGUUCGAUGGGAUCUAGAUGACAGUCACAUCCUGGACACCAUGAUAUGCGAGCUGAGGGAUGAGGUGAGCCGACGCAUCCAGGGCAGUAUUGAACGUGAAAUGAGGAAGAUUCAGGGUCGAGCGGGGAGAGGUGGUAGGUCACCUCGGCCGCCACAAGGAACACAUCUCUCCAGAGAGUCCACUACAACAGAGAAGAGACGUCAGAUGUUGAAGAUUAUGAAGAAACAGUCGGUGAAGACCAGCGAGUCCCUCAGCGACGGAGAGAUGACGGGGGAGUUCAGCGACCAGCGAAGUGACGACGAAUACUGUCCAUGCGAAGCUUGUGUUCGCAAGAAAAUGGCUGCACGGCCUUUCAAAAUCAACCCGCUAGCGGCUGAAGCACCGGUGAUGAAGGACUUUGACCUACUUAAGAUACUUCAGCUGAAGAAAAGCCCAGCCCCUGCAACCGUGCCGCAGCCUGCGGCAGUGGAAGACGAAAGCCAGGCGGCUGUAGACGACGAUGGGAGGAAUUUAGACGUAGUCCAGGAGGAAGAGGAAGACGAGGAAACCAAAGAGGACAUCAGAGCUGUUGUUGUUUUAGAGGAGACGAUUGCAGAGGAAGAUGAAGAGGCUGAAAAAGAAAACAAUGACGGUAAAGCAAGGGAAGAAGAGGAGACAGAAGAUGAACAGGAGGAAAAUGAGGAAAGUGAUGCAAGCAAAGAGGAGGAGGAAGAAGAAGGAACAAGUGGUGAAGAAGUGAGAGAAGAUGAGACAUCAGAAACUGGAGGGGAGGAUGAAGAACAUCAGUGUAAGUGUACCAGAAACGAGGAUGAGAGUGACCAAGAGGAGGAUGGAGAGGAGCAAACAGGAGAGGAUGAAGAAGACAUGGGAGAAGAUGAAACAGAGGAAAAUGAGGGAGACACAGGAACUGGCGAAGAAGAGGAGACAAGCGACCAAGACACAGUAAAAGAGGCGUCAGUGGGCAAAGGAGAAACCCCAGAAAAUGAAGAGAGUGAUGAGAGAGUAGACGAUAAAGAAAAACCCACCGAGGGUGAAAGUGUGGAAGAGGGGGAGGAUAGUGCUGCAGAAAUGACAGAAAAUGAAAAGUCGACAUUGUCAAAGGAGGUUGCAGAGAGGGACAGUGCGUCAGCAGAGGGUGAAGAUGACGAGGAAGACGACACAGGAGAGGGUGAAUCGAGUGAGGAACAGGAAGGGGAGGCAUCUGAAAAGGAAAGAACCUCGCCACAGGGGCAGGACGCGAUUCCAGCUGCCUGCAUGACCGAGGGAGAGGAGGCAGACGCGGAAGACUCGGACAUAGAUAGCAAACGUUCGAGCGACACCACUGCUGACAAAUCAGGAUCGGAGGAGAAGGAAGAAAGUGGAGAAGACAAAGAUGAGGAGGAAGAUGCUGUUAAAGAGUUCAAGCCAGAGGAAGAGGAAGAGGAUAAGGCAAAUGGAAGCAAAAGAGAGGAUGGUGCUCUUCUGCAUCAGUUCACCAGAACCUCAGUGGAGUCCCAGCCUGGCUCAUUGGAGGACAUCGACGCUGAGUCCCCACAAAAUCCUGUGGACUCCACUGAAGUGUCCAAAACGGCUGACAGCAUAUCCACAGGUGGUAGCAAUGGCAAGAGAAGGAGCCGGUCACCAGCCAAGGUCAAGCAACUCAAACCGAAAGAGGAUUAAGACAAACUGGACAGUUUUUGGAUACACCUCAGGACACUUUCAAAGACUAUUCGCCAGGUGAAUCCCCAACUUAGUGACAUAGUUUUAAAAACAUAAUUUGCUCUUUCUGGGACUACACUGGAUCAACAUAGGCAUUUUUAUAGGUUUAAAGACUCACUUAAAAACUUGAAGCACUUUAUUAAUCCAGAUCUUGUUUAGGAGGAACAAAACUAAUUUAUGUUACAAAAGCAAAAUGAAACUUGAAACCAGUCUAUCGUACAUUUAUUGUGUUUAUAAUGGAUCUGUGUAUAUUUUUGAAGUUAACUGUAUGUAAGAAGGCAUAUGAGAAUAUAUUUUUGAAAAACUAACACUUGGUAUCUAUGGGCGACUUAUCAGAACUCAGUUUAGUGCUCAGUGGACAGAUUUAUUGCUGUAUUGAAUGGAAUAGCUUUUUAUAUUUACUACACGUUAGCUCAGCCGUGGCAGUUGUAUUUAUUGGGUUAUCGGUUCAGUUCUGCGAUUAUUUCUUGGAGCUGUAUCAUUGAGUCAAUGCUGGAUUCUCAGGGUUUUGGUCACCCAGCUUGCUUUGAUUUUUUUUACCCUGAAAAACAUACUAGAAGUAAUCCUUGAAGGUCUUUUAUGAACUGUGGGUUUUUUGUCAUAUUUCACCCUGCUUAUAAAACAAAGUGACUGGGUGUGCAUCAGAAGUUAGUGAGGGUGGUCUCUGCCGCUGCAGCUACGGAAAAACCCCAAACUAUUCUACUCUACUGCUCUUCAAACCAUGUCUUCAUUAUAUAUAUAUUUAGUUGUCAAAACUUGUCAUUAAGUGUACAAAGGAAGUCAUAAAAUGUUAUCGUCAUGGAGAUUUAAAAAAAGGUAAUUUCCUAGCUUACCUAUUAUCUUAACUACUUGUUUAAAUCUUUAACCUGUUAAAUCAAUUGUUUAAACCUAUACAAGUCUGUAAUGUGAUUACAUUAGAAUCUUUUUUUUUUUAAAAAUAGGCUUGUUUGCUUUCUUGCUGAGCUAGUGUGAAGACUUAUCAGCACUAUCAAGCGUACACACUUAAAAGCUAGAAUUAGCUUAGCUUAGCAUAGCUAAUUACUGACCUUUAGAGUGUCUAAUAAACUAAUGUCAUUUUUAUUGUCCUCUAAACAAAGCUAGCUCACAGUUUCCUUUUUCUUCCAGUGUUAAGUUAAAUAAAGCUCAUUAACUCCCAACUUUGUAUUCAUUUAGCAUUUAGCUUGCAUACAUAAAUGUUUUCUUAGUCAAUUCUUAGCAAGAAAGUAAACAGCUGUAUUUUUCAAAAUGUCAAAGUAUUCUAUUUUCACGUACCUUCAAAUAAUACAUACUGUACUUUAAUAACAAUGUAUUAUCUUUGAAUUCUUGACAGUAAGAAUGUGUUUUAACUGUGCUGUACCUCACUGUAUUUAUGUAAUCCUAUUACUGUGAUCAUACCGUAAAUGCUUUUUGUCCCAGGAGAAGCAGUGUGCAGCAUGUAGCUGCAGGAAAUUUUAGGAGACGACAGCCUGACUUUAAGGUUGAUGUAAACCUUUCUCUGCUGCUUUGGUAAAGGAGUCUCCUUAGGUGUGUUACAUGCUGUAGAUACUGGCGGAGUUUGCACACCAGCCAUGUGGAACAACAGCGUGAAGCGUGUUACUGAUGCCUUAUUGUAUCCAUGGUUACAUAGAGGAUGAUCGACACAAACAGAGGAGGAGAUCACACUUAAGUUAGUGGCUCUCCAUUAGACUCACAAAGCCUGUUAAACAAGCUGGAAUGAGUCAAAGCUGCUGUUAAAGGCUUCAGGCUUACUCUUCAACUGUAUAUUAGAGCAGGGACACUGCACACGGUCAGUGUGUGCUCAGGACAGUGAGAAUGAGGCGCUUAUCUCUUACUGCUUAGUUUGACAAAAGCCUCCUAUUUUGUGGUACCAAGAAGGUGUGUGUGCCUAUGCUGUUACUGGUCUGUCUGUCCGUCCACUAAUCUUAAGCAUCACAAAGUGAACAUCAUGUACUUAGAGCAAAUGAUUAUAUGAAUGUAAUGAUACUGACAGAAAUAAAAUAAAUGCACUGAAUGGUAAU